AUGUACAGGAACAUUUUUUCGCGCCUUAGAACCAUCAAGGCUCGUUCGUGCAAUAGGGUUCCUGGAACUACCAGAUUUGCAAGUUCAAGUUCUGUUGCGGCAAAACAAUCUUCUUCUGGUUUAGGUGGAAUAUUCGGAUGGCUCACCGGAUCGUCCACUUCUGUGCCACCUCUCGAUUUCCCACUUCCCGGUGUUGCACUUCCUUCUCCUUUGCCUGAUCAUGUUACUCCCGGGAAAACGAUUAUUACUACACUCCCGAAUGGAGCUAAAGUCGCCUCUGAAACAUCACUGUCUCCUGCUGCCUCGAUAGGUUUAUAUGUGGAUUCUGGUUCAAUCUAUGAGACCCCUUUAACUUUUGGGGCUACACAUCUGCUUGAACGGAUGGCUUUUAAGAGCACGGUAAACAGGAGUCACUUUCGAGUGGUCCGUGAAGUGGAGGCAAUUGGUGGCAAUGUGCAGGCUUCGGCUUCUAGAGAGCAAAUGGGUUACACUUUUGAUGCUUUGAAGACUUAUGUUCCUGAAAUGGUGGAGUUGCUGGUUGAUAUUGUGAGGAACCCCGCGUUUCUUGAUUGGGAGGUCAAUGAGCAGCUUCUGAAAGUGAAGGCUGAGAUUGGCGAAGCUUCCAAAAACCCUCAAGACUUGCUAUUGGAAGCAAUUCAUUCUGCUGGUUUUUCUGGUGCCUUGGCUAAUCCUCUUUUAGCUUCAGAAUCAGCAGUAAGUAGACUAAAUGGUGCACUUCUGGAAGAAUUUGUUGCUGAAAAUUAUACCGCACCUCGAAUAGUACUUGCAGCUUCUGGUGUUGAGCAUGAGGAAUUGUUAUCCGUUGCUGAACCUCUUUUGUCCGAUUUACCCAGUGUCCCACGUCCACAGGAGCCAAAAUCAGUAUACACUGGUGGUGAUUAUCGUUGUCAAACUGAAACAGGGAGGACUCAUUUUGCUCUUGCGUUUGAACUUCCCGGCGGCUGGCAUAAUUUGAAGGAUGCUAUGGUUUUGACUGUUCUUCAGAUGCUAUUGGGAGGCGGUGGAUCAUUCUCAGCUGGUGGGCCUGGUAAAGGGAUGUAUUCACGGCUAUAUCUCCGUGUUCUGAAUGAGUAUCCACAAGUUCAUUCAAUUUCAGCCUUCAACAAUAUUUACAAUAACACUGGCAUUUUUGGUAUCCAAGUCACAACAGGUUCAGAUUUUGUGUCAAAAGCCAUUGAUAUUGCAGCUAAUGAGAUUCUUGCAGUUGCUACUUCUGGACAAGUCGACCAGGUACAGCUGGACCGUGCCAAACAAGCUACAAAAUCUGCAAUUUUAAUGAAUUUGGAAUCACGAAUGGUUGUUUCAGAAGAUAUUGGAAGACAAGUUUUGACAUAUGGUGAUAGGAAACCUGUGGAGGAUUUUUUGAAAGCAGUGGAUGAAGUAAAUUUGAAGGACAUUGCUUCAAUUUCUCAAAAGCUCAUCUCUUCCCCUCUCACAAUGGCAUCAUAUGGAGAUGUUUUAUAUGUUCCAAGCUAUGAAUCAGUGAGCAGGAGGUUCCGUUCAAAAUGA